AUGGAGAAAAGAUUGAGCACGAUCACCGUCCAGCAGACGUUUCGAUUCGGGUGGAAUUUCACGUUAAUUGCUGGCAAGAUUCAUGAUGUGUUAGAUCGAGGCACUUCCGAGUACUCUCAAAGGCGGACGCUUGCAUUGACACCCACACCAACGUCAAAUCCUGUCCUCGAUUUAUCGCAUCCAGCUUACGGACUUCCUAAACGUCUUGUCUCCAAUUUUGCGUCCCUCGGCAUCAGGUCUAUCUACCCAUGGCAGUCAGAAUGUCUGCUACGAAGUGGAGCUCUCGCUGGGGAGAAGAAUCUGGUUUACACUGCUCCCACGGGCGGAGGCAAAUCACUGGUUACUGAUGUACUGAUGCUAAAGAAGGUCCUGGAAAACCCAGGGAAGAAAGCGUUGCUGGUGUUGCCGUAUGUAGCUCUCGUGCAAGAGAAGCAGCGCUGGCUGAGAAAGGUUGUCGAAGGUAUUGUCAAGACCUCAGCGUCGAAUCACGAUUGGCCAACAGCGUGGAGAAAGCGAGGGGACGAGGAAACCAUCCGAGUGAUGGGAUUUUAUGGAGGAAGCAAGACAAAAGCGUCUUGGGAUGAUAUGGACAUUGCCGUUUGUACUAUAGAGAAGGCAAAUUCACUUGUCAAUGCUGCCAUUGAGGAUCUUUCCAUAGGAAAGCUUGGAUGUGUCGUUAUGGACGAACUGCACAUGAUCGAUGACGAGAGUCGCGGUUAUAUUUUGGAACUCACGGCAACGAAACUUCUCAGUCUAGACCUCGAAGACAAAGUCCAAUUGAUUGGAAUGAGUGCCACUUUGAAUGUCUUACCACGCCCUGAGGAGACUGAUUCUCUACUUAUGGACAAACGAAGAGAUUUGUUGAACAACUUGAGAAGUACGAGUACAGGACUGGAUCAACUUUUGGAGAAGAUCGUUCCUGUUGGGGUCGCAUUUCACCAUGCUGGAUUGACUACGGAAGAGCGUGAUAUAAUUGCUACUGCCUACGAUGAAGGCAUUAUCAAGGUUAUUGUUGCAACUUGUAGUCUAGCUGCAGGUAUCAAUCUGCCAGCCAGGAGGGUCAUCCUACACGGUGCGCGGAUGGGCGCGGAUUUGGUUGGUCCGUCUAUGCUUCGACAGAUGCGAGGCAGAGCGGGCCGCAAAGGUAAAGACGAGAUUGGGGAAACCUAUCUGUGUUGUCAACAGAGUGAUCUGGAAGCUGUGGCAGAGCUCAUGGAUGCAGAGCUACCUCGUGUUGAAAGCUGUCUUUUGCCUGGUAAGAGAGGUGUCAAGAGAGCGUUGCUUGAGAUCAUAGCUACUAAAUUGGCUACGAGCGAGGAAUCUACUGACCACUACAUCAAAAAUACGCUCCUUUACCAUACUAUAGACCAUGAUGAACUCACAUCUAUGGUCAAAGAGACCGUAGAGGAGCUCGAGACAAGCGAGCUUAUAACGAAAGGCUCCGACACAGAAUACUCCGCCACUCUUCUUGGGCAAGCAAUAGUAGCAUCAUCACUAACCCCAGAAGAUGGCCUCUUCGUACAUCGCGAAUUGCGCAAGGCACUACAGGCAUUUGUCAUGAAUGGCGAGAUGCAUGUGCUGUAUCUGUUUACACCUAUGCAGGCCGCACAGACGAACAUCAAUUGGCAGAUCUUCAGUAAUGAAGUUGAGCGGCUUGACGAAAGUAACCUGAGAGUCUUGAAAUUUGUCGGACUCAAGCCUCUAAACAUAAUAAAAUUAGCGCAAGGAGGGUCCAUGAAAGAGUCCACACCCGAGGAAAUAGAAACUGCUCGAAUCUACAGACGAUUUUACGCAGCAUUACAGCUCCGCGACCUAUGCAAUGAAAUGCCAAUCUAUGCCGUGGCGCGAAAAUACGAUCUACCUCGUGGUAUUGUGCAGAACCUAGCACAGACCUGUCAUGGAUUUGCGGCCGGUAUGAUCAAAUUUGCCGAACGUAUGAACUGGGGCGCUCUUUCAGCCGUCCUGGACCAUUUCUCCGAUCGUCUUAAAGCUGGCGCCAAAGCAGAUCUCUUGUCAUUGGCUAAGGUUACGUACAUCAAGAGCAGAACAGCUCGAGUAUUUUGGGAGAACGGGUUCAAGUCAGUAGCUGCUUUGGCCGCCGCAGACGUCAACGAUAUUCUCCCAAUAUUAAUCAUGGCGCAACCAAAGAAGCCAAGGCUGACUUUCGAGGAGGAAGCGAGGUAUAUCGAGAAACUCAAGUCCAAGGCUGCUAUCAUUCUAGCUAGUGCGAGCAAGAAUUGGGAGCUGCAAAUGCGGCAGGAACUUGAGGAAGAGGAUUAAGAGUGAAUAUCAGCCUGUGUC